CGGACGCAGCUGUUUUUCGGGAAACAUGGCGUCUGUAACAACAGCCACCUCAGAAUGGAUCCAGUUCUUCAAGGAUGCUGGGAUUCCUCCCAGUCUCGCUGUGAACUACGCUUUGUCCUUUGUGGACAACAGGAUCCAGAAGAACAUGUUAAUGGACCUCAGUAAGGAGAUAAUGAUGGACCUGGGCAUCACGGUCAUCGGCGACAUCAUCGCCAUCCUCAAGCACGCCAAGCAGGUGUACAGACAGGACAUGUGCAAGAUGGCCACAGAAGCCAUCUCCUCAGGACAGACCAGCGUUCAGGCUGAGUUGAGGAGAACAGCCAACACACCCGCCACGCGCAUGAUUGCCAAUGCGUUGAGCCGGGACUCCCCCCCAAGCACGCCUGCCCGUCGCCCUGACAACCGCCUCUCUGUGACCGUGUCCAACAAACAGGCAGGCAAGAGCACCAAAGCAGUGAUGAGUCGACCGGCAGACGAGGGAAGCGCAGUGCCGGUGAAGCGCCGGCGCGUGACGGCGGAGAUGGAGGGGAAGUACAUCAUUAACAUGCCCAAGGGCACCACCGCCCGCACCCGCCGUAUCCUGGAGCAGCAGGCCAAGAGAGAGAAGGGAAUGAAGCGUACCUCAGUGUUUGAGAGACUGGGGGCAGAGUCCAAGGCAGACACUACCACCGGCGGCAAGCCCACCGGGGUUUUCAGCCGGCUUGGGAGGGGCGAAGAGGAGGAGGACGAGGAAGUAGGAGCUGGGAAGAGAGCCACACGGAGGCCAGCGGGCGAGGAAGAGGAGGAUGGGGGCGAGGAGGAGGAGAGUGACGGAGAGGGCUCCGUGCUGCAGUACGCCGGCGUCCUGAAACGACCCCUUCCCUCCUUGAAGAGAGCGGCCGUCUCCUCCAGCCAGCUACCAUCCAAGCCCUCCACCAAAAAGCCCCCCAUCACCCUCCGCCGUCUGGGCAACAAGGCCAAACUCCCUCCCUCCCCCUCUGCCACCUCCACCCCAUCCACCUCCUCCUCCCCCGACCGUGCCCCGCCUCCCAAACUUAGCGUCUUGCAGAGACUGGGCAAGGCGCCCCCCACUCAACCCCCGGGCCCCACCUCCACAGCCCCCCAGCCAUCCGACACCCAGGACAGCCGCGUCACCAGCACCAGAACCAAGGUCAGCAGCAGCAGCGGCGGAGGGGACUGCCUCGGGGCUCAGAUGGACAAUGCGGGUGUGGUCAGUGUCUUCAAGAGGCUGGGCACCAAGAGGACCUAACGCAUGUACACACCUCAGUCUCACCCCUCCCUGUUUUUAGAUCAGCACACGCUCUGCACCACGCUCUAUUUACAUGGAGUAAUCACCCACGGCAGUAAUGGGAAGCAUGUGCGUCACUAGGAAUUUUAAUAUUGAAUUUUAACAGUUUUGGGAUGGAGUGUGACUUCUGAUGUGACAAGUUGCAUUGGGUGGUUGACCCAUUUGGAAUGGCUGGAAAGCUGGUUAAAUUUAUGUAAGAUUGGUGUUGUCUAGUGCGGUGUACAGGCUUUUCCUGGAAUGCUGGUGACAGGAGGAGUGAUGUUUGCUUUUCAGACAUGGCCCUCUCUUCUGUCCUUAGAGCCAAACUACUCCUCCUUUCCUCUUCCUGACUCUUCUUCACUCCCCACUCCCCUUUUCAGUAUGUGAAACUAGAAGUGAAGUUUCCCAUUUUACUCUUGUUUUUCUUGUUACGAGUGUUGUUGAUGUGGCAUGGCACAAAUGAACCACAGACUGACUGCUUGACACCCCCUUUCUUUUUAACUCUUUGAAUUUAGGGGGUAGAGACCAUAGAUAUAGAAUUACUAGACCUCCUGCUUCUGGGAAUAUUUCACUUUGAAAUGUGUGCACGCAUAAAGAACAUGACCCUCGAGAACCCGGAAUUUAAUGACAGCAGCUUCUUGAAAAGAUUUAGAAGACUAAAUGACAUUGCUGUCUGGCUUGUAUACAUUUAGACAGUUACCUAGGGCGUGUCUGACCUAUCAGUUAAUUAUCCAUGGCGAAGACGCACCCACAUACACUAAAGUCUUCAUUCAUACAAGUACUGUAAAAACCGAGACCAGUGAUCGAUUGGAAGACUGAGGCAAGGCUUUGGAGCUGGAUCACCUUUUUCUUUGUGAUGGGUGUGGUCCUCUGAAUGACUGAUAAGGCUGGGAAGCCAUCGAUCCUCAAAUCAAUCAGAUUCACAAAGGGAUUGGAGUCAUAAUCCAACCAUACUGGACCAUGUAUUUACCUCAACCUCUGUGGGCAAACGAUCCCAGUUUUCACCUCUGACCGCUCUGCUGCUGGAACUUUCCUCCUCUCUGGACUGCCAACCGUAGGAACGUUGCCAAUUAUUUUAUUACCCUUAUGAGUUGGGCAGUUCAAAUAUAUACUGUUUUCAUUUCUGGAGGGGAUGAGCAAGGUUGCACUCUAUCCACCUGUCAGUUGGAGUGAUGGUUGAGUUUGCAAUGAAAUUUCGUCUUCACCUACACUUCAUACCAUAUCUGAUUGGAAAGGGACAGGUGGAUAGCAAGACCUACAGACUAAUGGACUCAGUUCUUGCGUGUUGUGUUCAAUUACAAAUUUUGUAUUGUAAUUUGAUUUUUUAAGUGUAUUGUCACACCAGACCUUUGCUACACUGUACAGAUUUAAAGAGUUGCAACUGGGAAAAAAAAAAACUUCAGCAGGGUAGUAUUUUUUAAAUAUAUAAUGGAACAAGACUUCUUUGUCUUGUAGAAAUGUUC